UCUUUUUCUCUUUGGUAAUUCUAAACGCUUUACUUUCCGAUCUCGCAUUCGCCAUUCGCCAUUAGCACUGACAUGUCCACAAACACAUCCGCCAUUACUACCACCAACACCGGCACUACUACUGCUGCUACUCUUAGCGAAGCAGUUAUUUUUACCUUUAACUCUGCUGCGCGUCCUAUCUCAAGCCACAUCGACGAGUAUGAAGAGAUACUCGCGCAGCAACCCCAUGCCACUGGUGAAUCUUGGAUAUAUCAUUCCACCUAUUACCCUGCUAAAGCAAAGGAGCAAAAAUUGGCACAAGCAGCUGCUGCUCAGGAAAACAGCGAGCCUAUCAACAAAAGAAAUAGGCCAUCGAAAACCACCCAUACCAUCAGAUACUUUUGCCAUCGUAGAGAUUAUGCAAAACCGCAGCAAGAUGGCGAUCUAGAAGGGAGUAAUUCUGACGUUGACUCGGAUAAUGAUUCUGAUGAAGAUACCGAUGAUAACAUCCGUCGUCGGCCAAUCCAGAAAAAGUCUAAGCAAGUUGGAUGCGGUGCUAAGCUAUCGAUCAAGGUAGACGUUGAAGACCCAACAACUGCGCGAUUCGAGUACAAAGGUCAGCAUACUGGGCAUGUACCUGGCACCGUUGAAGAUGUUCAGUACCUUCCUGCAUCUGACGAGCUCAAGGAAAAGAUACUCGUCGAAUUGCGUAAAGGGUACAACGUCCGUGAAAUCCGCACCCACUUACAACGCACGCUUGGGCAUCUGGAUGCAAGCCAACGGGGUUCCUACGUCAAUUCUGUCGAUGUUUAUAAUAUAUUCUAUAAGUAUUGACAGGAACACUGUACCAAAGACACCGAUGACUUUGCAUCUUUUGAAGAAUGGUUGGCUUCCCUUGAAACACAGGGCUACAAUGUUUGGAUUGACACCAAUGGAGCUGGUCAGCAUCUUCUUUCUGCUCAACGGUUCACCUUUGGCUUCUUGGCUCCUUGGCAGAAAGCAUUGUUGCUUAGCAGAAGUGGCAGCUUCAUAUGUCUGGAUGCGACUCAUGAUGUGUCGCGAUAUGCAAGUGGUGUUCUAUACACGAUGGUUAUCCGCCAUCCUCUUGCUGGUCGUGGCGUUCCUGUCACUUAUCUCAUAACUGAUGAUAAGUCAUCUCUCCCCCUUCUUGGUUGGUUCCGUUUCCUUGCUUCUCUUGGUUUGAAUCCUCAGCGUAUAACAAUCGAUCGUGAUCUUGCUGAGGAUAACGCGAUUACCGAGGUGUGGCCAACUUGCAGCAUUCAACACUGCCUUUGGCACGUU